AUGGAAGUUGAUUCAGGUGCAGGAAUUUCAAUAUUACCUGAAGAAAUUGUAAAAGAGAAGUUACCUCAUAUAUACAUUCAUCCUACUAUUUUAAAGCUAAGAACUUAUGAUGGGUCAAUUAUUAAACCAACGGGAGAGAUUGAAGUUAAACUAAUGUAUGGUGAAAGAGAACUAUAUUGUAAAUUAUUAGUAGUUAAAAAAGGACAUAGAGCUCUGGUAGGCAGAAUGAACAAAUUAGGAAUAACGAUUAGAGGUGUUUCAAAAAUUGAAGUAGAAAGCACAAAUAAGAAUAAUAAGUUAGAAUUGUUAAUAAAUGAAUUUGAAGAAUUGUUUGAGGAAAAAAUUGGUAAAUAUAAAUAUGAAAAAGUGACGUUAAAAGUUAAAGAGGAAUGUACACCUAUAUUUUGUAAACCGAGACCAAUACCUUUUGCUUUUAAGAAAAAAGUUGAGGGUGAGUUGGAUAGAUUAGAAAGAGAAGACAUAAUACAGAAAGUUGAGACCAGUGAAUGGGGUACUCCGCUUGUACCGGUUAUUAAACCAGAUGGAUCUAUUCGUUUAUGUGCAGAUUAUAAAACUACUGUUAAUAAAUAUUUGGUAGAUAUUAACCACCCAUUACCAAGAGUAGAAGAGGUAUUUGUGGCGUUACAAGGAGGUAAAACAUUCUCUAAAUUAGAUUUUUUGAAUGCUUAUAACCAAUUAGAAUUAUGUGAAAGUACACAAAAACUAUUAGCUUGGAGUACAAGUAAAGGUAUUUAUAUAGUUAAAAGAUUACCUUUCGGUACCAAACCAGCUUGUUCAAAAUUUCAGAGUGUUAUUGAAAAAGUGUUGUUAAGAACAAAGGGUGUUAAAAACUUUUUAGAUGACAUAAUUGUGACUGGUAGACACAUAAUUGGAUUAGAAGGUAUUGAAAGGGAUAAAAAUAAAGUUAAAGCAAUGCUUAAUGCAGUAGAACCUAAGAGUGUCACUGAAGUAAAAGCAUUUACAGGCAUGGUAAACUACUAUGCUAAAUGUAUACCAAAUUUAUCAACUUUAUUGGGUCCUAUUUACAAUUUAUUAAAAAAAGAAGUGAAAUUUAUAUGGACAAAUGAAUGUAGAAAGGCAUUUAAUAAGACAAAGCAAGCAAUGGCAUCAGAAUCAUUAUUGGUUCAUUACAAUCCAGAGUUAAGUGUUGUAUUGUCUUGCGAUGCGUCGGAGUAUGGUAUAGGAGCAGUGUUAAUGCAUAUGUUUGAAAAUGGAGAAAAGCGACCGGUGGGGUAUGCAUCAAGAAUCCUAACCGUGGCUGAAAAAAAAUACUCAGUAAUACAAAAAGAAGCUUUGGCGGUUUUCUGGGGUGUAAAGAAAUUUUCUCAAUAUCUCUUGGGCAGAAAAUUUUUCUUAGAGACUGACCAUAAACCUCUAUUAGCUUUGUAUGGCGAAAAUAAAGGUAUUCCUGUUAUGGCCUCUGGGAGAAUUCAAAGAUGGGCAUUAUAUUUAUCUGAGUUUGAUUAUCAAGUAUUACAUAUUAAAGGUAAUGAUAAUAAAGUGGCAGAUGGACUUUCGAGAUUACCUGAUGAAGAGGAGGUACAAACGCAAAUAAAUGAAGCUGACUAUGUUGAUUUUAUGGAAAAUACUAUGCCUAUUGAUUAUGAGAUACUUAGAGUGGAAACUAAAAAAGAUAAUGAAUUUAGUUUAGUUGUUAAAUAUUUGAAUGAAGGUUGGCCGAUUAAAGUAAGGGAGGAACUGAAACCGUAUGCAAUUAGAAAGGAAGAAAUUUGUGUAGAUAAAGAUAUAUUAAUGUGGGGUUACAGAAUUUUAAUUCCUAAAAGUCUGAGGAAGGAUUUAUUGAAAGAAGUACAUUCAACACACAUGGGUAUGUCCAAAAUGAAGACAUUAUGUAGAUCAUACAUGUGGUGGCCUGGAUUAGAUAAAGAUAUAGAAAAUUGGGUGCAGAGUUGUGAUGCUUGUUUACAAAGUAGAUCAGAACCAAUUUUAGCUGAACCAAAAAAGUGGGAGGAAGCGAGUUGUCCAAUGGAUAGAGUACACAUAGAUUUUCUAUAUUUACAAGGAAAAAAUUAUUUAAUAAUGACAGAUAUAUUUACAAAAUGGCCAGAAGUAGCGGAAAUGAAAAUAAUGAAUAGUUGUUCAGUUAUUGAAAAAUUAAGGGAAAUAUUUGCCAGGUUUGGAUUACCAAACAAAAUUGUGUCAGACAAUGGACCGCAAUUUAGAUCAGAAGAGUUUAUACAAUUUUGUAAAAAUAAUAUGAUCAGAUUUGUGACGUCCCCUCCUUAUCAUCCAGCUACGAAUGGAUCGGCUGAAAAUGCUGUUAAGUCUUUAAAAAAUGGUAUAUUAAAGGCGGUUAAAGAUAAAAAGAAUAAAAAUGUUUCGUUAAAUACACUAAUCCAAAGAUAUCUGUUAGUAUAUAGGAAUACACCACACUGGAUAACGGAAAAUGUGAUUUGGAGAAGGCACAUUGACCAACUAAUGGAAGUGGGUAAGGUUAAGGAAAAUGGCAUGGAAACAGUAGAAAAGGAGAAAGGAGAAGAACAAACGGUAUUGAAGGAAAAGGAAAUUAUUAAAGCAAAAGAAGAAACUAUUGAUAAAAAAAAAUAUUGA